AUGCAACACGAAAACACUAAAAGGCUAGAAGCUGCCUUAACUCAAUGGGUAGCAAAGCCAGCAAUACAAAAUUCUAUACCUCAAGCUAGAAGCCAGACUACUGCAUCAGAACGUAUUCAUGACUUAACCAAUCCAGAACAUUUAUAUAGUGAUGAUGAGAUUACCAAUAUAAUAAAAAAAUCCAUUGAUGAACAAAAAGUUUCUGUUAUUGAUUAUGCUUCUCUUGGAGCGCAAGAAUUACUCAAAGAUACUAUUAAAAAUUCUUUACAAGACUUGCAGGAUAGCCAAAAAGAUGUUGUACUUAUUCCUCUUAACUCAGGGCACGAACAUUGGAUUAGUUUAGCAAUCAAGAGGGAUAAGAAUAAUAAUAUAGAAUUUAUUUAUAAUGAUCCUACAGGAAAUUCUAUAACCAACAGAUCCGAGUUAGAGAAAAUCAUUAAAGAAAUCGUUCCUAAUCCUACAAUACAUGAUUUAAAAAUCCAUCAACAACAAAAUGAUAAAGACUGCGGCCCAUUCGUUGUAGAUAAUUUAAUUAAGAUAGCAACGGGCAAGGCAAUUCUUACCGAGGAGGAAUCCAAAGGUACUAUGGGUACAAAAUUACGACAAGAUCAGCAAACGGGGGGCCAUUAUGUAGGCGAUGAUAAUAAUGUGCGUGGUAUUGGUAAGGCCUUAGAAGCAAAACAUUAUCAAAAUAUAUUGUAUAAAACUGCAAUUCGAAAAGACCAAGCAGGAAUAUAUAGUUUAGCCCCUAAACAAGUCUCAGAUAUCCAAGAUAUUAUUCAUAAUAAGCCAGCUCUAGUAAUAGGUGCUGGUAUUGAUGGUAUUAAAAUGUUAAAUUCCUUAAAAAAAGAACCAGGACAUGUUUUUAUUUGGAGUGGCCAUCAAUUGUUUAAUCAGGUUAUAGAGCAUAUAUAUGAUUUGAAUGCAAUUAUUAUGCCUGAGUCAGCGAUAGAUGAACAAAGUCAACAUAUUUUUAGCAGUACGAAAGUGCGGCUAAUAACAACUAUUGGCGUGCCCCAUAAUAAAACUACGGAAGAUAUAAUUAAAAAUUAUUAUGAAUGGAUCGAGAGGGAUCAAAUAAAAAUCAUUGAGAACUCUAAAAUUUUGUUAGUGUCAUUACCCGGAGAUGCACCAGACAAAUCUGGACAUAUGAACUAUUACCCUAAAGAAUCGGCAGCACAAUUAGGAAAGCAGUUAGGCAGUAUAGCGAAAACUCAAGAUAUGAUAAUGUUAGUUACUAACGGGCCAAGAACUGGACAACAUGAUCCUAUCACUGGUGAGAGAUUACCCGUACAUAAACAAGGAGCAAUUCUAGAUCAAGUUAGCGAGAGUUUUUUAACAGCCGUUAAAAACCAAUUAGAUGGCACAAAAAUUAUAUUUGAUAAUUUUAGCUCAGAUUCUCCUAGUUUAUUCAACGCUUUUUUGGGAGCAGUAUCUUUAAAUGAUAAGAAUAGCGUAGCUGUGAUAGGGGGAGAAUCUACAAGUCAAGUUACUGAAGCAACUAACCUACUUAAACCUGGUCAAGUGUAUAUAGUGAGUAAUGAUGCCAUGAACGUAAACCACCAUCGACAUAAUAACAACGUUAUAGAUCGUAAUUAUGCCAAGUUGCUUUCACCUGAGGCUUCAUCUUUUUCAUUGCAAGAAACGCAGCUACCUUUAAUACCAACUGAUGCAUCUAUCGCAGUGGAAGGAAUUAUACAAAUUUUAGGAGGAGUAUCUGAAUAA